CCACCAGACGACCACUCGUCAAUUCGAUGUAAACGAGAGCGGUCGUGUUGCUACAGGGCUCAUUGUAGUUCGCACGAAAGCCCUUAUCUGUGCCUAUUCAAAUGUAGUCCUUUUUGUGUUGCCCACGUCAAAGGCCACCUUCUGAACUUCGAAAGGAAAAUCAAUGAAAACAUCUGUCGCGGUCUAGAUCAGUGGUCGACCGUCACACAACGCAGUUCACAGUCCCUUCCCGAUGGGUUGAGUACGCCGACAUAUCGUGUUUGUGGUCAUACCACUGACGCAGGUAAAAGGAAGUAUACUAGAAUCAGGUGUGGUUUUACACCAAAAUACAUAUCGUGCUGAAGCUGAUUCCAAUGUCGACUCCGGGACCAAGCACCGGAGCGUCAUCAGUGUUACCGUGAACACUACAGUGAAACAUCGCAUCUUUGAUGCUCUCAUCUCUACUUGAAAAAGUCAUCUAUUCAUACUGUCACUUCAUUAUUAUUAAAUUUCUCAAUAUCUUUUUUAUUUUAUAGUCAUUGUUUAUUUAUAUAUAUCUAUUAUAUAACAAAAAAUGAGUAAGAUACUGAAAGUAGUUGGCGCCUCGUGGGUUCGGACUAAGAUUAGUUCCUACAUUCUUGGAAUACUUGGAGUCCUCGCUUUCCUGGCUCUCUUUGUCGGACAGAUUGAAAGAAUACAAGAAGAUGGAAAUUAUGCAGCCACCGUUUUUUAUUCCGACAAGACUGGUUAUCGUAUUGAAUACUGGGGCCAAAGCAAUGAACUAGCUAAUAUACCAAAAGGAGUAGCUCGGGCACACUUCAGAAUGGAUGUUGAUAUUACCGGGUGGUCGCUCUUAGAGGUUGAAACUGAUGGUUCAUACCCAGAUGAGGUUCAAGCGUAUGCCGCUGGUAUCGUCGAGGGUGCACUUACUUGGUACCUAAUUCAUACCCACCUUCAGAACACAAUCAGAGAGAAAUGUGAAAACAAACCAUUAGAAAAACAAUGCAAUAAACUGAGAGACACACUAGAUAGAUCAGCAGAUAGAUGGAAGGCGUAUGCGGCGGAACGCGGCAAUGCCGAUCCUUUUUGGCAUCAGGUAUCUUUAUACUACACUCAGAUUAGUGGAAUCUCGACUGGUUGGAAACAUGGAGUGGAGCGCAGUAUGUCUGAAUACGACACCGACAUUUCAGAUUUAUACUGGUUGAACUCUUUAGCGGAAGUAAUAGAAUUACAACAGAAACUAAAUAUCUCUCUGGAGGAUCCAAUAUUAACCACUUUGCCUGACUUAUCCAGUGCAUUCAUAACAAUUACCAACGAGACCUCUGCCGAUGAUAUUAAUUACAAGAAACUGUAUUUAGCGCAGAACAGGGCUGGAAGCUACACUUCUAUGACACGUAUCCUUAAAAGGUACAAAUUAAACUAUCACCUUACAUCCGAAGAUACGACUGUUGUGCCUGGUACCUCAGUAGAUUUCUCAGGAUAUCCUGGCUCUAUCACCAGUCAAGACGAAUUCUACAUUAUUAGAGGCAAAGAACAUAGAAUAGCUGUUACUGGUACUUCACUGCGAAAUUACAAUAGCAAAUUGUGGAAAGAAGUUAACAUCACAGAUCAAGUGCCAGCAGGUCCGCGUGUAUUUGCAGCCAACCAUCUUGCCACAAAUGUAAGCUCGUGGGGCCGAACUCUUGCUAGUAGCAAUUCAGGCACCUCUUGCAAGCAAUGGCUUGUUGUGGACUUUGAUAAAUUCAACCAAUACCAUGAACCUACUGUGUCAAAUAAAGUGCAUCUAUCAAGAUAUUUUAAAAACGAAGUCUUCUCUGAAAGCACAAUUACAAAAGAUAUCAAGCACACUGUUUACCGAACAUACAAUGGGCAUGGAAAAGGAUUGUUGUUGCUUGUAGAGCAGGUACCUGGACGUACACACUCCGCUGACCUGACCGACAUGUUCUUGGAGCAAGGCUACUGGGCUAUCUAUGGACUACCGUUCUUUAAGGAUAUAGCAGAACUGACGCAAAUCACCAAAAUGGAAGAGAUAUAUGGAAAUAUUUUCUCUGAAACUGAAUCACCACGCGCUGUUAUGUUUAAAAAUGGAUACAAAAACGCAACAUCACUUGAAAGUAUUAUUAAAUUAAUGAGACAGAACAACGUAACUGCAAUUAAUCGUGCAAGCAACGAAACUGAAUCGUGCGCUAAUAGUUGGGAAUGCUUCAUCCAAGAGGAAGGCUACUGGUCAGUGUUAGGAGCUCGUGGCGACAUGGUGCAGCGCUAUAAAGAAGCAUACGGCGUUAUAGACACAAAAGUCGUGAGCGGCAUUUUGAACGAUACCGCAUUAGGAUUUGUUGCAAUAUCCGGCCCACCAUACACACAUGUAUCAAAGUCAAAUAAUACAAAUAUAAACAAAGGAAAUAUAGCGCCCAUAUACACACAUCAGUUUGACGACAAACCAAGCAUCGAUGGCCUCGAAAUCAGGGAUCUCGUAAAGCAACAACUGGAGGAAGCUGAACAGGAAACCUUAGACAUUCUCAACAGAGACGUGGUUAAACCAUUCCAGUGGUCUGAAAGCGAUUUUAAAAAUAAACCACAUAGAGGUCUUCCAGAUAAAUGGGAAUUCGAAAUUUUCAAGCCACAAUGGUCUUGGUGAAUCUCUUUUCAUAAAGCAAAUUGUCUCAUUAGUUUACUAUUAGAUAUGUUAAAGCAAUAUACAACCACAAUGCAAUCAUAAUGCAAUAUUAUGAAAGAACAUAUUUUUUUAUUGUAAUAAUAAUUUUGUUACUAGUUCAAAGUCAUAAUUUUUGUACCUUCCUCGUGGAUAAUUUAAGAAAAAAAAAUUCCAUAUUCCCAGUAUAGAAAUAAUAUACAAGCUACUUCUAUAUUUAUUACCAAACUUUAACCUAUAUAAUUUUUUUAAAUUAUUUAUUUAUUGGAUAUGUUAAGUAGUUUCGUUUGUGUUCUUUUGCUACGUGUUUUAUUUUUAAAUAAUUUAUUACUAUAGUUAUUUGUGAUAUCCACUUUUAAGAAUAUACACAAGUACACAGAAAAUUA